AUGACUGACACCCCCAAACAACACCUCUGCAAAUGUUUCGUAACAGUUUCUGAUCUGAUGAAAAGACUGGAAUACUUGAAUGUUGGACUCGUUUUUGACGUUGGCAAUGAGUAUCGGUACUUGAGCAAUGUUCACGCUAUUUGGUGCAGUCCUGCAGUCACAAACCACGAUCAUCAAGAACUUGAAUUGUCUUCUUUCCGGGAGUCUUCACCCCAUUUCUUAGCACAAGGACCAUCUAGCUGUAUCAGUCUCGGUGUUCUAGCCAAAGACGAUAUUUGCGUCCGGACUGGGAAGGCCAGAGCAGUUCUUGUGAACCUGCAUCACCUGUGGCAUAGGUGUGACAUCAAUUUGUCCAAUAAGGGUUGA